CCAUGUCUACCGCGUCAAGGUCGUGACCACAGUCCAAAACUCGUUCAUUCACAUCAGAAUCAUGUUGAACCUUCAGGACUGGCAGAAGCUCCCGAUCAGUCUCGGCGAACUCUGCAUCAACACGACGCUCCGUUGUGGACAAUGCUUCAGAUGGCGCAAAUCAGAUGAAGGUGUCUGGUCAAUGGCCCUUCACGGCCGCAUCCUAGCAUUACACCAGGACCCUGAAUAUCUCUACUACCGCUCUAUCGUUCCUGCAAAACAAUCACCAACCACAAAACUACAAUCCGACGAUGAUACUCUGCCACUCAUCAGACAUUACCUCAACCUUGGGCCAAACCUAACCCAGCUAUAUAGCGAGUGGUCUUCUGCCGAUGCAAACUUUAGUCGCAAAGCUCCGAAAUUUACCGGUAUCCGAAUCCUGAAGCAAGAUGCAUGGGAAGCUCUUGUGGGCUUCAUCUGCAGCUCAAACAACAACAUCGCUCGCAUAUCUCAAAUGGUUGAGAAGCUCUGCACAAACUAUGGUCCCUUGAUCGGCCAAUUUGACAACAAAGACUACCAUGACUUUCCCACUCCAUUAUCAUUGGCAAGACCUGGUGUGGAGCAAAAGCUCAGAGAGCUAGGUUUUGGUUACAGAGCAAAGUACUUGUACAAGACAGCCUGUAUGAUUGCGGAGAAAGAGGACGGGUGGUUAGAUGCUCUAAGAAACCCUGAGAGCCCUGUCCUAGGCGUGAAACCAGCACCAGCUGGGGAGUGGGCGAACGAGGGAAGAGAAGGCUACCGGAAAGCACAUGAGGAACUGCUUGCACUCCAGGGUGUGGGGCCAAAGGUCGCCGACUGUGUCUGCCUCAUGGGCCUAGGCUGGGGAGAAGCUGUCCCAGUCGACACACAUGUCUCUANNGUCUGGCAAAUUGCUGUCCGUGACUACAAAUUCGGCAAAGGCAAGCAUUCGAGUCUUACCAAAGCCACUUAUGAUGCCGUGGCGAACAAGUUCCGCAGCCUUUGGGGUCAGGNNGAGGCUGGUUGGGCACAUUCAGUCCUCUUCACAGCUGAUCUCAAGGCAUUCUCCGAAAGACUUGUGGCCAAGGCAGAAGUCAAGGAGGAGGUGACGGAGAUCAAAACUGAAGAUGGUGUCCCUGUUGAAGAAACCAUCGUCGAAGAUGACAAGACUUUGAUCAAAGGAAUCAAGAGAGAAGCCGAAGAGGACGAACAAAAGCUGGUCGAGACGAAACACAACAUUGUCAAGAAGGCAAAGAGAAGAAAGAAGGCAUCAUAU